CAAGUGGGUGUAUGUAGGUAACCAAGCGAUCUACUGUGCAAGCAUGGCUCUGAUGGCCGCUAUAAGAACGCCUUGGGCAGCCUUCCUUUUCUCUGCUACAGCGGGUAUCGAAUACUCCACCUUAUUCACGCUACCAUUCAUUCUUCUAGCAAACUACCAUUCGACGGAUACAUUCUAUAAAACAAGGAGCGCCACCCUCGACGAAGACGAGUCAGACAACGAGGACGCUAUAGGAGACAGCAGCAGUACACGUAAAAAGCAAGACAUACGUGGGCUAGGCACCGAUGUUUCUCUCGUUCAGAGUAUGGUCUUCGUAGCUCAAUUCUUCCUCUCUCUCGGUAUGGGUAGUAUCGUCCAUGCGGUCGGUAGCACGACAGCCAUCGUCGUCGCAGCAUCCGUUCUCAGUGGACUAGGAGCUCUUGCAGCCACCCAGGUCCUGUAUGCUGGAUUAUGAUAGAGUCCCGGAGCCAUCUCUUCUCUUUCUAUACUCGUUCCAUCCAAGAGUUUGAGAUUAGUAAUAAAUGUUUGACUUGUUGGCAUUCAAUGUUAUCUGAUUUUAAAUAAUAGCCUUUGAGAGCUUCAUAGCUUUGUCAUCCAUGACGCGGAACGUUCUGAUUUUGUUACAUUAGCCUUGCGUCGCCAGUUAUGUCACAACCGUUCUCAAGCAAUUUUCCGUUUUCGACUCUUCGCUGCGCGGCAAGUUUGAUGGCGCUAUUCUAAUCUAGGUUCUCUGUCUAGUUGCGGCGUGUCAUGACAAAAGAAAGAUUAUUCACGACGCGGAAUAAUCAUUAGAAUACGCAACGUUUAUUGGAAAGAAGAUUCCGCGUCAUGGACUGUUAUCUAAAGCUAUACCUAAUACAGAGCGAGCUCACGAAAGCAGGAGGAAGGACGGUAGAUUUAACAAUAAAAAAUCAAUCAGUGCAUACCGUGCGCAUUUCUAAGGGAUCUUAGGAUUGAUUACGAAAUCAAGAUCGAUUGGAUCUCAAUCUCACGUCUGUUAUAUUUUCAAACGUUCACUAAUUAAUUUGGUACAUCUGUCAUAUAUUUGAUAAAUAUAUAUAUAUAUAUCAACCUGGUUUAACAUUUGAGAACUGGGCACACUGCCCUUUUUCGGCAAAAAAAGUAAUCAGAAGUAAUCACUUAUGAAGGCAUUUAUUUCUAAUUAUGUCUUUAUAUUAUCUGGUGUCUCUACAUAAAAAACAGGUCUGUUGGAAAAAAGGGGGAUUUGAACAUGUUACUCAUUGCCGCGGUCAACGGCUCUACCACAAGGCCGUCACCAGGGAUAUGUGUAAAUGUAUCUAAAUAUAUUUCAAAACAGAAAUAAGAAUAAAUGUAUAGGAAAUGAAAAUCAAUUCACAGAAUAUUAUAUUAAAUGCGAUGAUCUCACCAUGCUCAAAUCAACGAAUCGAUCGAUCUUGGUAGAAAUAUUAUUGUUAUUAUUUUAUAUUAAAAUGUUAUAUUCUAAUAUCUACAGUGCUUAAUUCAUGUUCAUCGUGUGUUUGUAUAUUUCUAUUUCCAAGGAAUUAAAACCUGUGAUUCCUUCGUGAAAGAAUGAAAUAUACCCAUUAGAAAGAUUUGGCUGUUUUGCGUAUUCCUAAUAUUAGAAAUGAAAAGGACAUCUUUGAAACGUUCGGCCGUAUUAUGUUUAUAGCAUACACGCACCAACGAAUCGAAGUAUAGACCUUAAAUGUAAAAUGUAUAUAAUUGAAAAUGUUGAUUCUGGUGUAAUGAUUUUAAAGACCAAAUUAUGUUAUUAAAGGCUUAUUAUCUUCAAAUGAAUAAAGACAAAAUAUAAAGCAUGA